CUGAGGUUGGCUAAAUCCCUGCAUGUUUCACGCCUGGUCAUCAAAUCGGAUUCGAGUCUGAUGGUAGGGCACGUCAAUGGGAAUAUGGAAGCAAAGGGAGAGAAGAUGCAAUAAUAUCGAGACCUGGUGAUGGCCUUGCUACGAGACAUGGAAGAGUAUAAGUUGGAGCAGAUUCCUAGGGGGGGAAACACGGACGCGGACUUGUUAUCAAAGUUGACCCAAGCAGCCCCGGAACAUGUCUCGAAGUUGGCCAAAAUCGAGAUGGUGGAGAGGCCGAGUAUUGAGCGGCAGCCAGUCGGCCUGUUCAUGGAACUUGACCGAGUGGGUCUCGGCCUGGUCGAAGUAGAUGAUUUCUGGAUGACAGAUUUGGUCAAAUAUCUGAUGACCGGGCAACUUCGUGAGGAAGAUGACCGGUCACGAAAAGUGAAGUUGAGGGCACCUCGUUUUCAACUACUUGAGGGAAAACUAUACAAACGGGCGUUCGGUGGACCGUUGUUGAGAUGUCUGACAAGAUCUGAAGCGGAAAGAGUGGUUGCCGAGGUGCAUGAGGGUGUCUGUGCAGCCCACCAGAUGUCAAGGACCCUGGCGCAGAGAAUCAUCUUGCUAGGCUACUAUUGGCCGACAAUGAACAUGGAUUGUGAGCGGUAUGUACAGAAAUGUCCAUCUUGCCAGAUUUUUUACAAAUUCCCAGGGCGCCCCGCAACUUACUAUCAUCCGGUGUCCAAUAUUGUCCCGUUCGCAAGAUUUGGACUUGAUAUCGUGGGAGCUUUCCCCGCGGCUCAAGCAAGUAAGAAAUUGCCAAUUGAGGCAAAGAUCCCAACGUUCCGUGAGGUAGAAUACAACGAGGAAGAAAACAACGAGAGUCACAUGGCUGAACUAAACAUGGUCGAGGAGAGGAGGGCCAUGGCUGAAAUGAAAAUGAUGGAAUACCAGCAGACGGUGAAGGCUUACCAUGACAAUAAGGUAGGACCCCGUUACUUCCAAGUAGGCGAUGAGGUCUUGAGACGCAGAGAAGCAAGCAAGCCUGGGGACGGAGGAAAACUGGCAAAAAAAUGGGAGGGUCCAUACAAGGUGACUGCAAUCAUCCGCCCAGGGACCUACAAGCUGGAAACCUUGGAGGGGAAAGAAGUUGAGAGGUGCUGGAAUUCGCACCAUCUAAAGAAGUUUUAUCGUUGAAUAGUUGAAAAGGUUGUGCUUGGUGUGUGUAAUUGAAAUCUUCUCAACGAAUGAAUGGAAACUAUUUUC